GACGACUGCCAGUGGAUGGCCUGUGCAGUUCUGCGAAAGUGAAGGAAUUAUUGGCGAACAGAGUCAACAGACAUAUGUUGAUUUUUCUUAUCAUCGUCAACGGUAUUUGGGAAUAACGAACCUGAGUGCUUCAAUAAGCCGAAACUGAAGUCUUGGAUUACAUAGUGAUCAUGUAUCAUCUCAAGUGGUACGUGAUCUUAGCCCUAAUGUCCUCGGCGAUGGCUUUCCAUUGUCCCCAGGGUAUGGGCUGCGGGCCCUGCCAGCAACUUCCCCACAACAUCUACGAGGUCCAAUGCGAAACGAGUGAUUUAAACUCAGACUUUACAGUUCGUUUCAAACCGGAAGAGUGGGUCAGGAUAGAGUGUUACAAUUCACCGAAUUGGACCGAAUUUCACCUGGGGACAAUCCAGCAGCUUUUCCACGUCAAUUCUAUAUCAUUCAGGAAAUGUGAACUACCGGAGCGCGAAAACCUGGGGGACAUUGCUAAGCAAAUUAUGGCGAAUCACAUUGAAGACCUCAUAUUCCAGUCAAUUGGAGAUUUGACAUCGUCAUUAACAAGGGAUACCCUGGCAGAUUUUAAAAAUAUUAAAAGACUCACGCUGUCCAGCAAUGGUUUGAAAAAUGUCACUGCCGAUCUCCUCCAGGAUCUCAAGAAUUUAACUGUCCUCAACCUACAUCAGAAUGAUCUCCGCGAUUUACCUCAUGAUUUUCUCAAUUUACCCAAUCUCAAGGCCAUUGAACUAGGUGGUAAUCACCUAGAAGUCAUCGAGCCUGCAGCAUUCGAUAAAUCAACCAAACUGGAGCUCCUGAAUAUCUGGAACAAUCAAAUCACGGAAAUAAAAGCCAAUAGUUUCGAUAAACUCGAAUCUCUCGUCUCCCUCGAUCUCCACUCGAAUAAAUUGACUCAACUGCCAGAAAAUAUUUUCGCUAAAUUGGGGAGUCUCCGAGUCAUCAAUUUAUCGCAGAAUAAUUUCACUGGUGAUUCACUGCCAGGUAAUCUCUUCAGGAAUAAUAGUCUACUCGAAGUGGUGAUUCUGUUCGAGAAUAAACAAAAUAUAACGACUCUCCCGUCCAAGUGGUUUGCAAAUUUGAAGGACCUGACAAUGAUUAAGAUGAGGAGGAAUGGACUAAUUCGUCUGCCGGAGGAUUUAUUCGCUGGUGCAAGUGCCCUGAGGAAUUUGAGUAUGGAGAGGAACUACAUUGAAGCGAUACCACGUAAUCUGUUCAACGACUGCAAAAAUCUUUCCACUAUUGACCUCAGCUUCAAUGAAAUCAAGGAAUUGCCGGAUAGAGUGUUCGGAGCACUGAAGAAAUUGGAACAUCUGGAUUUGUCGAAGAAUCACAUCACGAGCAUCACACAAGAAAUGUUUGCCGGUCUAUCAGCCCUGAAAAUUCUGAACCUAGAGCGCAACGGUCUGACGACGAUUCACCCCUACGGACUGACUCCCCUCGACAGUCUCCAGAUUGUAAAAUUCUCCUUCAAUCAGCUAACCCUGAAGACCCCUAACAUGAUAUUCGAUGAGGAAUUCGGCCUCCGCUCUCCGUUCGUCAGCUCCAUCGACAAGAUAGAAGAGCUGCACCUGUCCCACAACAACAUCUCGGACAUAUUCGGUGACUGGAUCUUCUCGCGAACCCUAAGAAUCCUCGACCUGAGUCACAACAAUUUUAGGUUCCUCCAGGAGCCUGAUUUUAAAUUUGUCUCUGAGAACAUCGAUGUCAAUCUCUCUUCAAAUAAAAUCGAGCGACUGAUGCUCCACACAGUAGAGCUAGUCUUCCAGGUGGCGGAGCACAAGAGUAAUCUCGCGAUCUCGAUAGAGGACAAUCCGAUCAUCUGUGACUGCAAUGUCUACGAUUUGCUUCGCUAUGGUGAGGGAAGAAUGGAUCAAAGUGUUCGCGACCAGUUCACCCUGAGGAUGGAUAACUUGAGGUGCCACGGGCCAUCUCGCCUGAAGGACACGCCCUUGAAAGAUCUGGACUCGACGUCAUUCAAGUGUUUGGUGGAUCGUCCAGUGAUUUACGACGCCCUUUGCCCAAAUGACUGCAGCUGUUGGGUGAAACCAGAGAAUCGAGGCUAUUUAGUCGACUGCUUCAACAGAAACCUGACGGUCGCACCUGGGGAACUAAAAAGUCCCCAAGGACUUCACACUGAGCUGAAUCUAACGAACAACUUGCUAACGUCUGCGCCCUCGAUGAGCCAGCCAGGAUACAGUGCAGUCACAGUGCUCGAUUUGUCUGGAAAUAGAAUAACUCAUUUACCUGUCAGUGGAGUGUCUCCGACACUCGAAGUUCUGUUCCUACAGGAUAAUCAACUGAAGAGUUUGGACAGCGAAGUCUUGGAGGUGCUGUCGAGUUCCAAGAUGUUGAAGAACUUGACUCUUCACGGAAAUCCCUGGAUAGCUGACUGCGACUCCCGAGAUUUCCUCAGUUUUAUUCAGACCAAAGGGACGACUAUUCUCGAGCUGAAAAACGUCACCUUCGAAUCCUCUGACGCGCCGAUCUUCAAUAUGACCCCAGAGAUGCUCUGCCCACCCUCAUUUAUUAGCUGGAUGAUGGGCGUUUGCAUUGGUGUUGCAGUACUGGGGGUUAUUCUCGGCAUCCUGGCAGCUCUUUAUUAUCGCUAUCAACAUAAUAUCAAAGUCUGGCUGUAUGCCAAGAGCUGGUGCUUGUGGUUUGUCAGUGAAAAUGAGCUGGAUAAGGACAAAUUAUACGAUGCAUUCAUUAGUUAUUCUCACAAGGACGAAAAUUUUGUUGUAAAUAAUUUAGUAGGGAAGUUGGAGAGUGGUGCAAUGGGGGAUAAUAAGCCCUUCAAAUUGUGCGUACAUUAUCGGGAUUGGAAGGCUGGUGAGUGGAUACCAGCUCAGAUUGCUCAUUCUGUCGGUGAAUCGAGGCGCACAAUCGUGGUUUUAUCACCAAAUUUCUUGGAAAGUGUAUGGGGUAAAAUGGAGUUCAGAACAGCCCAUACGCAGGCACUCAACGAGGGUAGGGCGAGAGUUAUUGUUAUACUUUAUGGAGACAUUGGACCGAUUGAGCAGCUUGAACCUGAGCUCAAGGCUUACUUGAGUAUGAAUACUUAUAUUAAAUGGGGAGAUCCCUGGUUCUGGGAUAAACUGAGGUAUGCUCUACCUCAUACCAAGGAAAUCCUCAAGAUGAAGAAAAAGCCUUCCAUCUUCGAGACCCACCAGCCUGUCUUACAGAUUAUCAAUGAAAAGGGAAAACACCCCAUUGACACGAUAAACUCGAAAAUUUUGGUGUGAUGAUUAGCAGCCACUUUUCCAUCACUCUUCAUCCUUGGGGGGAGAAGGAGUCGAUUUGUACAAGUUUUUAAUCUUUUCUCAAUAUAUCGACUGAUAAGGCAGACUGAUAAUUCGACGAUUUAGGCGAUAGGAGGCAGGGGUCAAGAUUAUCACAGAAUAAAUUUAGUUUUCCUGCUUGACUCAAUUAUUACUCAAUAUGUCAAGUAUCCUGCGGUAUCCAUAAUGGAGUGUGCAAUCUAAGCCAUGACACUGUGAUAUAUUUCUUCAUUUUUUUUAUCAUCUAUGUAUUCAAUUGGUGAUUCGCAUUUUGUAUAUCGUAUCGAAUAAAUUGUAUUGUAAGGACCA